CCGAUCGGGUCGCCACUUCCACGGUGUCAGUCACCGUCGUUGCCGCUUAUUCAGGAUCCUCUGCCGAAGGAACGGACUCGACGAUAUGGUGGUGCACCUGCUCUCGGUCCUGGCAUUUAUGUGCCAGACGUUAGCUCUCAGCAGCAGCCACCCUUGUGACAUCGACGAGAACCCGGCUGCAUGGAUAACGAACCACAUCAAAAAAGAUGUGGUGAUAGUGGGCGGAGGGGUCGCGGGGCUGUCGGCGGCCAAGGAACUACUCGCCGCCGGAAUCUCGGAUGUCAUCGUCUUGGAGGCUCAGGACUACCUCGGGGGAAGAGUCAAGACCUACAGGGAAGGAGACAUUCUGACGGAAGACGGGGCGGAGUGGAUCAAUGGAGGCCGCUUCAAUCCUCUUUAUGGUCUCGCGGCGGACCUGGGGGGAUUAACUAUGCCGCUGCCAGACACUGCUUACGACUGGAGGGCCAAGACGCAGUCCGGGGAAGUUGCAGACGCUCGAGGCUAUGACGCGGCGGCCUGGGUGAUGGAGGAGUGCGAGAGGGACAGCGUUCUACAGAACUAUCUCGAUAAGGGAUAUGGAGAGUGCUACGAAAAUAAGUUCCCCGGUGCUUAUGACUGGGAAAUGGCAAGACCGGCGGAACAGGCAGCGUGGCUUCACUACACAGAGAUGUGGGUGAACAAGGACACUGGGCUUGUCGACUGGAAGGACAUUUCCGGGCUGGACGCCGAUCACUUCACCGACUGGGGUCUGGACGAGUGGAACCAGUGGGCCGACGGCUUCGAUACCCUAGUCAACUAUCUCAAGGCCGAUAUCCCAGUCGCCAACAUGAAGACGUCCUCGCCCGUCUGUAGGAUUUUCUACGGGCGAAAAGUGGCCGGGAAGCGCCUGAGGAACCGCGUGCUGGUGGUAACCCAGGACGGCACCUCCUACCUGGCGCACCACGUGGUCGUCACGGCCUCCAUCGGGCACCUCAAGGAGCGACACGACAGGAUUUUCACUCCCGCUCUCAAUUCGGCCUACCGAGACGCAAUGGCUGUGACGGAGCUGGGCCUGGCCGAUAAGGUGCAGUUGGGCUGGGACAGCCCGUGGUGGGGAAACGACCCUUUAGACCUUCAGGUCAUCUUCACAGAGGAUUUGCCUGGUGAAAUGUCUUGGCUUCAGGGAAUAAUGGAGUUCAUGACUAUACAUCAGCAACCAAACAUGCUACAAGCGUUCGUCCCGGGAAACUACGCCAGGCAAAUGGAAGCCCUGCCGGAAGACACUGUAAAGCAACAUCUGGUCGCACACCUGGCGACGGUCACAGGUCAAACAGUUCCUCCUCCUACUUUCUUCAGGAGGAGUCUAUGGGAGGAUAACGUGUGGAUGAGAGGUUCCUACAAUUCGUACGUGACGGUAGAAGGAGCUCUGUCAGUUAUGCCAAACCGCAGUCCUUUGGCAAGAACUGUGAGGAGGAACGGCAAGCCACUGCUGCUGAUGGCGGGCGAGCACACCCAUACCACUCGCUACGGCAGCGUCGACGGAGCAAUGGCCACAGGAGUACGAGAAGCGAAGAAAAUAAUUCGCUACAGGAAAUAGUGACGUAGCAUCACGACGGGCCGGUUGCAGAGUAGUUCGUGGAAUAUGACGGUGAUCAUGAAUAUUGUGAUCAGCCUUCUACCAAUGAUAUCAAUGUUUAAAAAAUGCUGAGGCUUCAGUAAAGUAACAUGGUAGAUAUAAAAGAGAGUGGAAAGGAAAUUUAAAAGGUCUAAACAAUACCAGUCAACAUCAAAUAUUCAUACUUUAGCGGAAUUUGCCCUGUAACUCGGUCGACUUACAGGAACCUUAGCAUUUUAUAUUCCACUUAGCUUUGUUGCAUAUUUGGUUUUAGAUUGUCUUUUGCCUUUACUUUUAUUCUUCUGUCCUGGUGAUAAACAAUAAAUGACAAGAAAGUGUUUUAAUCAAAAAUAAAUAUAUUGCAAUGAUAUAUUUGAUAUAUGGUGAUUGGUAUAAUAAAGUGGUUGCAUCGGAAA